AUUUUUUUUUUUUUUUGGCUCGAAUUAUUGAAGAAAUAACCUGAAUGACUGUUUAAUGAUCAUAUCAAACUGAAAUAAAUAGAAAAUAGACUUGUUGUACUUGCUUGUUAUUAUCACAUAGGUGAUACAAAAUAUUAUCGUAAAAGUUUAAAGUCUGGAUAAUUACAUAGAGGAUUUCGUCACUUUUGUCAUUUUUUCUGUGACUAGCUUUUAGUCAGUAUUACAGGGCGAAAUCGCAGAGCGAAAAAAAUUUUUUAUUAAAGGAAUGCACCCAGUAAUGCUAUUCCUAAUUACUAAUUAACACACCAUUUUUGGGUUAUUAGACAAUCAUACAGAUGAUACUACAAAAGUGUAUGAUAGUUGAAAGUGCCCUCUUUUUCCUUUGUAAUGAACUGACUCAUUUAUUUAAUCUACACCACUACACAACUGUCGAAAUUUUUUUUUUUUUAUACAACAAUAAAUAAUAAAUUAAUUCAUUGGCAUCUAUAAAAAAUUAUGCUAUAAUUAUUAAAGGAAUAAUUUUACAAUACAAUUGUACAAUCACUAUUUUGACUAUACUCCACGUUGUAAACGAAGCUUUUUAUCAAGGAAACUAGAGACUCUAGGCCCUCUAGUCUUUUUGGUUGUUGUAAACAACGCCGUAAGCGGUUUGCAAAGGCGAGCCCUCGUUAUCGUUGUUUCGCAGUGGCAAUAAAAAACAAAACAAACCAUGGCACAAAGACCAAGAGACAUCAUAAGUACAAUGAGAAGUAACGAGCUUGCUCGUGAAAAAGAGGAAGCAAAUCGGACACGCCGCAGGGCUGAUCUUGCUCGACGUCACGAGCAAGCUCGAGCACAGCUCUAUUUAAUUGAAGAAGAAUUCAUUCAGGAAGGUUAUGAUGUACCAGGUACUGCUUUGGACGAAGUUAUCUUUGAAAAUAAUAAUAAUAUUGAUCAACAUGCUGAUGAUGAUAAUGCUGAUGAUCGUGGUGAUUUGGGUGCUGCUGUUAAUCUUAAUGAUGAUCCUGGUGAUGCAAUUGCUCGUCGUGAGGAGAUGUUACGAGGUGUACCAGUCGGCGGUAUUGCUGGGGUACCAGUCCAUCGUAUUGCUCGUGUUGGUCGUCGUGGUGGUGGUGAUGGAAGAUUGAGAGGGGAAAAUACUGGACGUGGUAAUGCUGGGGCUUAUGGAGGUUAUGGAGGUCGUGCUGUAGCUGUCAAUCCUGGCCAGAUGCCAGUCGAUGACUCUGAACGUUUCAGAUAUUGGCGUAAACAAUAUUUCAAAUCCAUACUCAGUGGUGGUGAUGGAGGAUCACGAAGACAAGGACGAGAAGGUAGACGAGGAGGUACACGAGGUGGUGGAGGUGCAUAUAAUAGUGGGAAAAAUGUCUUUUUUUUAUAAAAAAUUUUAUAAAGAAGUCUUAAUCAAAAAAAAAAAAAAAAACGUGAUAUGGUUAACAAAAGGUGAU